AAUUUACAAUCUCCACCCUUCACCUUCCUCCCCUCACAACUAAAUAACGACUAAUAAUAUUUUCAAUUUAUGUAUAUAUAAUGAGUUUCCGAGUCGUUGUUGUCCCAGAUGUGAGCAAGUUUUGAAGAAGAAGAAGAAGACUCGGCCCAGAGAUCUCUGUCUCUUUCUUCGUCUCCAAUUACUCAGGCAUGUCUCCGAGCAAGUUCGAGUCCGCCGCUUCCUAUGGAAAUGGGGAUGCAAGUGUUUCGUGCUCUCACACAGAGAACGGUUUUGUCGAUUCACUUCCUCUCAUCCAAACAGAGAAGGCAGUGGAGGAACUUCUUCAACAGACUCCUGUUCAGGGAACAGAUGAACAUCUUAUUGAGUUUUCUGAGGCCCUGAGAACUGUUGCAAAGGCAUUAAGGCGGGCUGCAGAAGGAAAGGCUGCUGCUCAAGCUGAGGCUGCUGAAUGGAAACGUAGAUAUGAACUGGAGAGAACACGAAAUCUGCAGAUGGAACGCAAAGGCAAUCUUAUCUGUGAAAUACUUCAAAGUUGGUGGACUCGGACAUCCCUGUAUGAUGCAAUGGGACUGAUAAAUUUUUUACUUCCAUGUCUUGUCUGCUGGGAAGUUUGGAAAGAACAGAAUAGACAACUAUCUGAAGAACAGUUUCUUGGAAAGGGUAAUGGCUAUUGUCAUGCAGAAAGGCUUGAAAACUCAACCAGCAAUAUUGUGCCUCACAAUCAAUCUGAGGAGCAUUCCAGAGUAGGUUCUUUGGAGCAUGGGAUCUGCUCCCAUGAGGUUCUUCAGGAUGCAGAGUCUGACUUUGAUUCUGAUGCAGUUCAUAAUAAGAUGAUGAGAAAGGCAUCAUUUAAACUAUCAUGGAGAUGUAAUGGUGAAAAUAGUGAUCAGCACAAACAUGACAUUGUCUAUUUUGAAAGAGGAAAUAUAACAACAGCAGAGCGCAGCAGUAGACAGAUUUCUCUGAAGUGGGAAUCGCAACCACAGACUGUGCUUAUUUUCACCAAACCAAAUUCAAUUUCUGUUCGAAUUUUAUGUGCACAAAUGGUCAGAUGGUUAAGAGAGCAGAGAAAGUUGAACGUUUAUGUGGAGCCUCAAGUGAAAGCUGAACUUCUAGCUGAAUCAUCUGACUUCAACUAUGUACAAACUUGGAAAGAUGACAAAGAAAUUUUGCACCUGCACACAAAAGUUGACAUUGUGGUAACUCUUGGUGGAGAUGGAACUGUCCUUUGGGCAGCAUCACUAUUCAAAGGACCAGUUCCCCCUAUUGUACCAUUUUCUUUAGGGUCUCUGGGCUUCAUGACCUCUUUUCACAGUGAACACUACAGAGAUUGCCUUGAUUCGGUUCUAAAGGGUCCAAUCAGCAUAACAUUACGGAACCGGUUGCAGUGUCAUAUUAUCAGAGAUGCUGCUAAACACGAGUAUGAAGUCGAUGAGCCUAUACUUGUCUUGAAUGAGGUUACUAUUGACCGUGGCAUAUCCUCAUUCCUCACAAAUUUGGAGUGUUACUGUGACAACUCUUUUGUCACAUGUGUUCAAGGAGACGGACUGAUUUUAUCAACAACAUCUGGUAGCACUGCAUAUUCCUUGGCAGCUGGAGGAUCAAUGGUUCAUCCACAGGUUCCGGGCAUCCUUUUUACACCGAUUUGUCCCCAUUCUUUAUCCUUCCGGCCUCUUAUACUACCAGAGCACGUAACAUUGAGAGUGCAAGUCCCUUUCAACAGCAGAAGCCCAGCUUGGGUAUCAUUUGACGGCAAGGACAGGAAACAGUUAGCAGCCGGAGAUGCGCUUGUUUGCAGUAUGGCAACUUGGCCUGUUCCGACAGCCUGUCAAGUUGAUUCCACAGAUGACUUUCUUCGCAGCAUCCAUGACGGUCUCCACUGGAAUCUGAGAAAGACUCAGUUAUUUGAUGGCCCUCGAGACUUAUAACUUGUAUUUCAUAGGUUAGUUUUCCAAAUUAGAUAAAGCAAGUCUAUCAGAAUCCGACUCCUUACAUAUUUUGAGAGUUGUUAUCGACACCUGGGUGAAGCUUUUGAACUGUCGGUAAUAAGUAUGCACUACUAAUUUCUCCCCAGGUGCGGAGUAGCUCUUCAGCUGAUGAUGAUCAUGAAAAUUCAUAGGCGAUUAUCGUUUAAGGAAUGCAACCAAGACAUCUCUAUUUA